AUGAGGUCGAGCCCGCUGUUUGAUCCCUCUCCUCGCCCUAGAGAGCAGCCGUGGGCCCCACGAGAGAGGAGGAGUAGAGAUGCUGCAUCGAAGCAAGAGAAACGGCAGGUCUUGCCCCCGCAGCAACAAGGAGCGAAGGAAGCUAGGUCUUACCACAAACCAUCACCAAGAUCUGCGGAGUAUCUCUACAGGACGCAAGCGCAGUCCGUGGAGGUCGGGAGAGGAGUGGCAGGAGGAGCAGCAGGAGCCAUAGUCCACGAUGUGGUCAGUCAGAGGUUGGAACAGCUCUUCCAAGAGUUCCAAGUAGACGGACCUCUGCUGGAGAGCCUGCGAGGGGCGCUGCUAGCAAGAGAGACCUCCAAACAUGCCAAGGAUCUUGGCGAUGCUGAGACGAUAAGCGCCGAAGUGAUCCCACCAGAGCCCCCAGGUCGACCUCCCAAGUUUGUGCAGAUCGAGUCUAUCAAGGAAGCCCAACAAGAGGAGAAGGAGCCUGCAGAUGAUGACGAGGCAAGCGCUCCGUCUCCUGUUCAAACCAGGGAUUCUCAGAGUGCUGGUCAGCCUCCCAACGGAGCGAGGCUCGUUCAGGUAGCACAGGGGCAGGAGCGAUCGACAGCGGAGGGACCCAUAGACGUGUCUCCGCAUCCUCCGAGUCUGAAAUCAGAGCCUCCAUCAUCCAUGGCAGACGACGUGACUGGAGCUGCGGAGGGAGGGAGGACGGUGGAAGCAAGGACUGAACGACCUGUCAUGAGUGAGAAACCAGCUACAAGGGAGGACCCCCCUGUGAAGGACGUGGAGAUUGGUCAGAGAGGAAAGGCGGUUGUCUCGUCACAUGCUGAGGGCAGCAGGAGCGUGAGCGAUGGUGUUGCUCGGAUGAUGCAGGCAGCGUCUGUGUGGCAGAAGCGAUGCAUCGAUGCCGAGGAGGCGACCCAGCGGGUGUAUCCGAUCCUGUCAAAAGCGUGCAGCCGGCUGCAGCUCAAGGUGGAGGAGGAGGAGGAAUGCAGGAGGGUCAUCAGCUUGAUGAAAGCAGAGGUGAAGCGACUCCGCGCCUGGCAGCAAGACAGCGAAAACAAGCUGCUCGCUUCCCAGCAAGAGUGCCGGACUCUCUCCCAGCAGGUCCAGAGCCUGACGGGCAGGCUGGCAGACAGGGAGAAGGAGGUUGGUGGGGUCAGUAGGAGCGUCGGGCAGGAGGAGGAUGCAUCCUUGAGGACUCUAGAGAUGGAGGAGGAGCUGAACAUGUCGAGGGAGCUGAUAGGUGAGCUGAAGACCCAGGUGGGUGAGCUGAGAAGUCGAAACGUCGAGCUGGAAAACAUCCUCGAGCGCUACGUCCACCUCUGGAAUCCGCAGGCAUCACAAGAGGAGGAGAGGAGGAGGAGGAGGAGAGGGAGAGAGGAGGAGGAGGAGAGGGAGGUUGAUCUUGGAGACCUUGGAUCGCUCCUCUCCUCCGGCCUGGUGACGAAGGCGAGGAGCAACUGGAUGGCGACAUGGCGAGGGGAGGCGGAGAAGCACAAGGAGGCGCUGGAGCAUCGGGAGAAGGAGAUGAAUGCUCUGAUAGCUGUGCUGGAGCAGACGACGAUGCAGGUGGCCGCGCUAGAGGAGGAGAAGGAGAGGGAGAGGGAGUUGAGAGUGAAAGCGGAGCACGAGAAGGAGAGCAGCGAGAUCAGAGUGAGGGAGGCGGAGCAGCACAGCAGGUUGCUGGCGCGAGAGAAGGGGGAACUGCAGGAGGAGGUCAAGAGGCUGCAAGCUGCUGUCCGGGCAUGUCAGGCGAGGAUGUACCAGCACUCGCUGUCUCUCGCACAGAACGCUCUUCCUCUUCCUCCUGGGGGGUCGCGCGAGCUCAAGGCGGCUGAGCUCCCUCACCCCAGCUCCCUCUCCGACGCCCUCCCUCCACUCUCCCAUCGAUCGCUGGAGGGGAGCAAGGAGGAGGAGGCUGCCGGCAGCAAGGGCAUCGAGGGCGAUCCUUCUUCCUCCUUCUCUCCUCCCCCACCGGCGGCUGCUUCACACAACCAGCAGCUCGUGAGGCAGGAGGAGGAGCUGCUGAAGCUGCGGGCCAAAGUCCUCGAGCAGAGGACGUGGGGCCUCAAGGCAUGGCAGGAGAUCCAGCGGCUGAACGGGAUGAAGCUGAAUCUGGAGCAGGAGGUGGAGUUCUUCAAGGAGAGGAUAGUGGAGGACGAGAGGAGGAAAGAGAACGCCGCGACCUCUGAGCUGCUCCGGGAGUGCCUGUGGCUGGCGGUGAAGGAGAACAAGGCUCUGCUACUUUCUGACUUCGUCAACCUGCCCAGCAGCGAUAGAGAGGAGUACAUGAGCAGGGUAACGGCCGUCCUGCAGGCAGCGUCCCUCUCUUCGGGGAAAGACGAUUCUCUCCCUCCGAACCUUGCCUCCGCCUCCGUCAACGACACAUGCAUCGGGCUGAUGCAGCUGCUGAAGAAGGAGAAGGCGAAGCUCAGGGAGGCCAGGAUGAGGAACAAGGAGCUGGAGGAGGAGGUAGGGCGCCUGCAGGACGAGACUAGAAAGCUGCAGGAGAUCGCGGAUAUGAGAGGAUACGUGGCAGUGCAGGCAAAGGAGCAGCUGAGGAGCGUCCUGGGGGUAGACGAGAGCUUCGGCUACAUGCAGGGAGGACGCGAGAGGACACCAACGGAAGACAUCGCGGCGAUGUCAGUGAAGAUGAGAGAGCUGCUGCAUAGAGCAAAGGAGAAAGAUUCCAUCAUUGCCUUGUUGAAGAGAAAACUAGCAGAGGAGACACGGAGGAAACAGUUGUCAAGAGAGGAGGAGGAGGAGGAGGAGGAGGAGGAGGAAUUUUCGUCCUCAGAUUCGGAAAAUGAUCAGGGGGUGGUCGGUCUCUUUUUCAAUGAGGAUGACGAUGGUGAGGACAGGGAUGUAGAGAUGGGGGAGGAGGAGGAGGAAGGGAAGGACGAGGGCGAGGACGAGGAAGAAGAGGAAGAGUUUUCUAACGCCAUGGCAGGAAACAUCGUUGUUAAGAGCAUCGCAGUGGGCAGUCCAGCACAUGUAAAUGGCUCGAUCGAAGUCAGAGACAUCCUGUCAGCAAUCGACGAUGAAGAUAUGACGGGGAAGGUAAAGAAAGGAGAGCGAGGAGGAGGAGAAACAUGA